AUCAUUCAUUCAUUUAAUUUUGAAAGCAUGCAGCAGCAAUAUUAUGGUUAUCUUUUAUUUUUGAUACCUUUAAUAGCAGUGUUUGUAAGUUAUUCCCUACACGAAAUUGAAGAAGGUCAUAUGUCUGUUUAUUACAGAGGAGGGGCCUUGUUGUCAUCAACGAAUGGUCCAGGAUACCAUCUUAUGGUUCCGUUUCUAACAUCAUACAAAACUGUUCAAGUAACACUACAAACUGAUGAGGUGAAAAAUGUUCCAUGUGGCACAAGUGGUGGGGUUAUGAUUUAUUUUGAUAGAAUUGAAGUUGUCAAUAUUUUAAAUCCCUCCAGUGUACAUGCUAUAGUUAAAAACUACACUGCUGAUUAUGACAAAACUCUAAUAUUUCACAAAGUGCAUCAUGAACUCAAUCAGUUUUGUAGUGUUCAUACUCUUCAAGAAGUUUACAUAGAUCUAUUUGAUAAAAUUGAUGAAGAUUUGAGAAGUGCUCUUCAAAAGGAUCUUAAUAAUAUGGCUCCUGGGCUCACUGUUACCUCUGUGAGAGUUACUAAACCUAAGAUACCAGAAUCAAUCAGAAAAAAUUAUGAAUUAAUGGAAGCAGAGAAAACCAAAUUGCUGAUAUCGAUACAAAAGCAGAAGGUGGUUGAAAAAGAAGCGGAAACAGACAGGAAAAGAGCUAUCAUAGAGGCUGAAAAGAUUUCUCAGGUAGCCCAAAUAACUCAAGAUCAAAGGAUAAUGGAGAAGGAGUCUCUUAAGAAGAUGUCUCAGAUAGAUGAUGAAGCGACAUUAGCUCGAAAAAGGUCUCAAGCUGAUUCCGCUUAUUACGAAGCCCUGAAAAACGUUGAAUCUAACAAACUCUUGUACUCACCUCAAUUUCUCCAGCUCAAAUUGUACGAGGCUCUUACCAGUAAUGUCAAGAUGUACUUUGGACCUAAUAUUCCUCACUUCAUUGCAGAAAAUAUGAACCCGCUCAAUUUUACUAACCAAUUCAAAACACUUUGAUAGAGAAUUGAUCAUUUAAAAUUAUAUAUAUAUUUUUAAACCUUUCUUUCUCGAAAAUCAAAGAAAGAUUUUUGAAAAUUUGUCAUACAAUAUCAAAGAUAAA